GAAACACGCACGAGCGAGUGAGCGAGCCAAGUUUGGGAAAAUUAUGUGAUAAACAUAACUGAAACCUACUUAAAUAUUUCGGGCAAAAUAAUCAAAUUGCUCAAGCUUUCUUAAAUUGUAUAGUUUUGUGAAAUUUCCAUAUUGAUAAGUGUACCACAACCACAAUGUCACCAGAAUCUAUAUUAUUUUUGUGCAACUUUGAUGACCAUCUGAACACUGAACAUGAAACUAUCAAAAAUCUUUGGUCAGAAAAAUGGUCAGUCAAUAACGUGGACUUAUGUAAAGAAGUGCUCGCAACUGGUCUUGAGACAGAUGCGUUGAAGGAAUUGAUAAAAAAGUACCAAAAAGAUGCAAAUAUUGUUGAAAACCUUCUUUAUGUAUCAGUAAGUUCAUUUCUGACGUUUUGUGAUCGUAAUUGGAACCCACACCCUCAACCAUUGAGUAUAGAAGAGUUCUUUGGUAAAGAGUGGCCUAAGGAGGUUGAUGCUAAUGUGCUGCUUCAAAGGGACUCCGAGCCGAUAUAUGUGAACAUCCUACAUCCUGAAUUGUUGUACUUCUCAACGCAAGUCUUCAAUGCCAUGUGUAAUGCGGACCAGAGCUUGCUACACUUAUGGUGGUACUUCAGAAGCAAGGUGGUCCACCAAAAAGUUCUAGAAGACACUAGUGCAACUCUAUACUCGGAACUUGAGAUCAUUAUAGCUAAGCUUACAAACCUUCUUCAUGUUAUACAAGAUAAGCCGAGGCUGCAAAUCCUACUGUGUAUGGAGAUAGCCCAGGCAUACCUUAUGUAUGGUAGAGUGCAGAGGACUGAGGAGUAUCUGAAGAGGGCCAGGGAUCUUGCGGGAUUGAAGCUUGAGUUAACAGGCAUUCUGGGCAAAAGAACAAAGUUCCAGCAAACAUCUCUACCCCAGCUUGCUUUAUCCAGUGAACUAGACUCCAACAUAGAGAGACCAUCGGCUGAAGAAAGUCAUGGUGAUGCUGAGCUGCCUCCCGACCUUGAACUGCAAGAUGAUGUGAGGUUGAACAAGAUAGAGUAUGCUGAGACUAUAAGCCAAGCUGAACUGCCGAGUUUAGAGCAGAUCUUGUGUUUGUUGACUGUCCAAUAUCUAAUGAAAGCUCAACCAAAAGAUGCCUUAAUGGAUGAAGAGUUAGCGCCGUAUAUCGAAGCUGUGUUAACGCAGAAGAAAGGUGCCUGGCCUACCAGAGUGGCUGCUCUACUCAUCAGAUGUAAACUGGAAGCCAAUCAUAAGAGAACUGUGGAGCGAGCAAUGUUGCAGUGUGAGACUAUUGUCAAUGAUAAGACCGGUGCUAGUUCUACUACUAGAUUGUCGUACCUCUGGGCGACAGGCUUACAACCGGCAUGGAUGUGGAGGCAACAGCUAGCAGAUUUAUACUUGAACUUAGGGUUAGUAAAGGCUGCACUUGAAGAAUACCUGAAAUUACAGCUGUGGGAAGAUGUAAUCGUGUGUUAUACUACUUUGCAGUUAAGACAUAAGGCAGCAGAAGUAAUACAACAGCAGAUUGAUAUAAACCCAACUGUCAAGUUAUACUGCCUUCUUGGUGAUGCAACUGACGAUGUUAAAUGCUACGAGAAAGCAUGGGAAUUCUCGAACCAUAAGAGCAGUAGAGCGCAAAGGCAUUGGGGUAAUUUCUUGUUUGACCACAAAGAAUAUGAACAAUGCAUUCCACACUAUGAGAAGUCAGUCGAAAUUAAUUCAAUACAAGAGAGAGUUUGGUUGAGACUUGGCUACGCAGCACUAAUGAUUGAAAACUGGGAAGUGUCAGCGAAGGCGUACCGUCGCUACACAUACUUGCAGCCCAACACAUUCGAAGCAUGGAAUAACCUCGCCAAAGUGUACGUAAAGCAGGGAGACAAGAAUAGAGCUUACAGAGCUCUGAUGGAAGCUUUGAGGUUCAAUUAUGAUAACUGGAAGCUAUGGGAGAAUGUAAUAGUGGUUAGCAUGGACACGGGUCAUUUCGAAGACGUGAUACGUGGAUGCCACCGGCUACUGGACUUGCAGCAGAAGUUUGAAGAUGUUGAGGUUUUAGGCCUCUUGGUGCGAGCCAUAGUUCAGGAUAGUCAGGAUGCGGACGGCAACAGUGCUGCUAGAUUACGAAAACGAGUUUUGGAAUUAUUCGGAAGGAUAACAUCAAUCCAUCAAAACAAGCCGGAAAUAUGGCAACUUUAUUCCGAUUUAAGUCCAACUUAUUUGCUAAGAGCGCAGCGUUUACUCAAGGCGUAUAAGGGCUUUACUCUGAGUGGCAACUGGGCUAACAAUCCAAGUACAUGCAAACAAGUAAUCGAAAUGGCGCAAUCGCUUCUGGAACUGAGCCAGCAAGCCAGACAAGAAGCAGAAGAGAAGGAUAUACUUCAAGCUAAUCAGCAACUGUCUUCAGCACGUCUCACCGGCCAGGCCGUCAUUAGAGCAGCUGAAAAACAGGACUGGCCCGAAACCAAAAGUAUACUUGAAGAAUUAAAAGAGCAAUUUACAAAAGUUUCAGAAUAUAUGAAAUCAGUUAUGUAAA